AUGGUCCAUCGCCUUUCCGCUCUGCUGUGCUACAUGCAACAGGAUGCCGCCUCCGCACCAACCCACAAUCCCGGCUGUUACAGCGUGGUGGUCGCACUGCGCACCCAGCGUGUCCUGCGGUUGGCCACGGGCACGAGAACCUGCGAUGUGGCCUGGUACGGCACCGCGUACCUGCUCUUCAUCACGGCGCUGCAGCCCGUGUACGGCUCCGUGUACAAGUACUUCUCCACGGAUGUCGUGUACCGGCUGUCGAUACUCAUCUUUGAGGUCGGCUCCAUCAUCUGCGCCGCCGCCGUAAAUUCGCCCAUGUUCAUCGUCGGCCAAGCCGUCGCGGGCUUCGGGGCCGCGGGCGUCCUGCAGGGCGCGCUGAGCAUCAUCAGCCAGGUCGUGCCGCUGGAGAAGCGCCCGCUGUACAUGGGCAUUGUCAUCAGCGUCUUUGUCGUCACCGUCACCAUCGGCCCGGUCCUGGGCGGGGUCUUUGUGCAGCACAGCACCUGGCGCUGGUGCUUCUGGAUCAACGUCCCUAUCGGCGCAGUCGUCCUCGCGGGGCUCACCAUCUUCCUCAAGGUCCGUGGCGCGACCAACAAGGACCGCGCGCUGCCCUUCAAGGCCAAGGUCAGCAACAUGGACCCUCUUGGCUGCGACGUCUUCAUCGGCGCCAUAUGCUGCCUCCUGCUCGCGCUCCAGUGGGGCGGCCAGCAGAAAGCUUGGAGUUCGGCAGACGUCAUCGGGUGCCUAGUAGGGGGCUUCCUCAUCGCCGCCUUGUUUGCCUACUGGCAGUGGAGGCGAGGGGAUGUGGCCCUGAUACCUCUCCGGGUGCUGAAGAAGCGGUCGAUUUGGACCGGCGCCGUGGUGCUGUUCUUCUUCGGAGCUCAGACAUACGUGGUGAGUGGCAUGGUCAAGCAGUUUGGCAGCUACGUCCCGUACAUGGUCGUCGGCGAGCUCAUCGCCAUCGGCGGGCAGGCCAUGCUGACGCUGAUCCAGCCGGACAGCAGGACGCUCUACUGGGCCGCCGGGCUCGUCGUGGCGGGCCUCGGCACGGCCAUGGCCAUGCAACUGCCCUACACGGCCGUCGCCAUCGUGCUCGCGGACGACGACAUCCCCGUGGGCAACGCCAUCGCCGUGCUCUUCUACCAGCUCGGCGGCGCCGUGUCCAUAUCCAUGGGCCAGACCAUUAUCAUCACGACGCUGCUGGACCUCGUGGCAAGGCGGCUGCCGGGCCUGUCGCCGCAGAUGGUCAUCACGGCGGGCGCGGCCAACAUGCCCGCGCUGGGCCCCACGCCGGAGGCGCUGGAGGUGCUGCGCGAGAUCUGGAACACGGCAAUUGCGAGGACCAUGAUACUGGCUACGGUGCUGCUGGGCGCGACGGUGCCGUUCACGCUGGGCAUGGAGUGGCUCAAUGCGGUCAGGGUGGCCAAACAGAGGAAGGCGGCCGAGGCGGACCGGGACAGGGGCAUGAGGCCGGGGCAGGAGUGUACGGACGGCAGCGCUCCACAGACCGUCGUGGACAUCGAGGGGAGCAAGGAGCCCCUCAACCUGGCUGUAGAAGAACGUGUGUAG